AUGAUGUCAAUUAUUUUCUUUCUAAUAUUUAUUUCCUCUGUGACUUCAAUUUCACUUGAUAUUCGUUAUCCACAAUUUUUUCAUCAAUCUAUAAAUGAUUCAUCUGUAGAAAUAACUGAAGGUAAAAGUGCUGGAAGUUUUAUUGCAUUUAUUAAUCUUAUUAAUGAUACAAAUAUUAUACCAAAUGAAUGGUUACUUAAUAUAACAGAUACUGAUUUUAAAAUUCAAUCAAAUGGUUUAUCCUAUUCAUUAGUAACUACACAAACUUUGGAUCGUGAACGAAAAAAUUUCUAUGAAUUUUCUAUCAAUGCUCAACAUCUUAUACCACCCUAUGAAAAAUUAACAAAGUUAAUACGUAUUCGUAUACUUGAUAUUAAUGAUUGUAUACCAUCAUUUAAUCAAACUGUAUAUCAAACAACAAUGAUACCAAAUGAAUCUACUUAUACAAUUACGGCAUAUGAUUGUGAUCAACCAAAUACUGAGAAUAGUCGAAUUACAUAUUCUUUAUCAAAUUAUCAAGAUCUAUUUCAUAUUAAUGAAUCUACUGGUAUAAUUGAAUGUAUUAAAAAUACGAAUACAUAUGAACGUUAUGAAAUUAUUGUUGUUGCACGUGAUCAUGGCAAACCACAAUUAUCAUCAACAACAUUAGUACAAAUUCAAUUAGUAUCAUCAAUGCAAAAUAAAAAUUUUCUAUCAUCAUCGUCAUCAUGGUUACAUGUUGAACAAAGUCCUCGUAAUAUUCUCAUACUUGCUAGUAUAUUAGCAGCUUUAUUUGUAUUUAUAUCAUUAUUUAUAUGUUUAAUAUGUUGUAUAAAAUAUAAAAUUAAACGAUCGAAACAAGAAAAUAGUUUAACAACAACAACAUCAACAAAUUUAAAUAAUAUUCAUUCAAUGAUAAGUGAAAGAAAAUUUCCUUCAACAUCAUCAACAACAUCAUUGAAUGAACUUCAACAACAUACAGCAAAUGGACAAUUUACACGUAUUACAGAUGAUUUACAUUUUGAACGAACAGCAAUUCUUUACGAUGCAAUGAAUGUCUUUCCAAAUACCUAUUAUUUGCCACUUAAACAACAAGCGGAAUUAAUUGAAAAUAUAAAUAAUUCAAAUAAUAAUGAUACAUCAUCACAUUUACCACAAUCAUCAUCAACAACAAGUAGUCCAGUUUCAGCAACUGGUACUGCUACAAAAGCUUGUUCGGAUGAUGGUUGUUACUGUUCGAGUGAUAUGUCAUCUGAACAAUCGAAUAAUCUUCUACUACUAAAUCCAUCGUCACUAUCAGCAACAACUUCGAAAUUAUCAGCAAAACAUGUUCGAUUUAUUGAAAAUAAUACUCGUGUCGAUGGAGCUUUACAACGUUUUGAAAAUCUUUACGGACCACAGACAACGUCGGACCAUUGCGCUUCUUAUGUUUGA